AUGCCAAUUUUACCAACGGUUUCACCACAUUCUUCUUUUCAUGAUGAAAUACCUCCUCCUAAACGAAGGAGGAAUUCAUAUUGGACCGCAUCGAUUCCGAUAUUUUUACGACGAUUGUUUCGAUUUCCACAAAUGGAUUUCGAGUUCGCAUUUUGGCAAAUGCUUUAUUUAUGUAUAGCACCGCGAAGAGUGCAUUUAAUUUGA